CGCGCCCUCCGCCUCGCCCGCCCGGCCGAGCGCCGGCGCCUGAGUAGCUGCGGCCGGCGGUUUCCCCGGAGCGCCGCGCCCGCCCGCCCGCGCCGCCGCCAUGGGCUGCUGGGGCCGCAACCGCGGCCGGCUGCUGUGCAUGCUGCUGCUGACCUUCAUGUUCAUGGUGCUGGAGGUGGUGGUGAGCCGGGUGACCUCGUCGCUGGCCAUGCUGUCCGACUCCUUCCACAUGCUGUCGGACGUGCUGGCGCUCGUGGUGGCGCUGGUGGCCGAGCGCUUCGCCCGCCGGACCCACGCCACGCAGAAGAACACGUUCGGCUGGAUCCGCGCCGAGGUGAUGGGCGCGCUGGUGAACGCCAUCUUCCUCACGGGGCUGUGCUUCGCCAUCCUGCUGGAGGCCGUCGAGCGCUUCGUGGAGCCGCACGAGAUGCAGCAGCCGCUCGUCGUGCUGUGCGUCGGCGUGGCGGGGCUGCUGGUCAACGUGCUGGGGCUGUGCCUGUUCCACCACCACAGCGGCGACGGCCAGGGCGCGGGCCACGGCCACUCGCACGGCCACCUCGCCAAGGGCGCGCGUAAGGCGGCCCGCGCGGGGGCCGAGGCGGGCGCGCCGCCGGGCCGGGCGCCGGACCAGGAGGAGACCAACACGCUGGUGGCCAACACCAGCAACUCCAACGGGCUCAAGGCGGACCCGGCAGAGCCAGAGAAGUCCAGACACGAUGACCCCGUGGACGUACAAGUCAAUGGAACUCUGAUCCAGCAGCCCGAGCACCUGGACGUGGAAGACAACUCGGCCGGACAGCUGAACAUGAAGGGCGUGUUCGUGCACGUCCUUGGAGACGCUUUGGGCUCCGUGAUCGUGGUAGUGAAUGCCUUGCUCUUUUACUUUUUCUGGAAGGGCUGUUCUGAAGACAGUGUCUGUAUCAACCCAUGCUUUGCUGACCACUGCAGAUCGGGCCUGGAUAUAACGAACAGCACCCAGGCCCCAAUUCGGGAGGCCGGGCCGUGCUGGGUUCUCUACCUAGACCCAACUCUGUGUGUCAUCAUGGUCUGCAUACUCCUCUACACCACCUACCCGUUGCUUAAGGAGUCUGCUCUCAUUCUCCUCCAAACUGUUCCCAAGCAAAUCGAUAUCAAGCACCUGGUCAAAGAGCUCCGCGACGUGGAGGGGGUGGAGGAGGUCCACGAGCUGCACGUGUGGCAGCUGGCCGGAAGCAGAAUCAUCGCCACUGCGCACAUAAAGUGUGAGGACCCGGCCUCCUACAUGCAGGUGGCCAAAACCAUUAAGGACGUCUUUCACAAUCACGGAAUCCACGCCACUACCAUCCAGCCCGAGUUUGCUACCGUAGGCUCCAAAUCAAGCGUGGUCCCCUGUGAACUGGCCUGCAGGACGCAGUGCGCUCUGAAGCAGUGCUGCGGGACUCGGCCGCAGGCCCAUUCCGGAAAGGAUGCAGAGAAGGGCACGACCGUUAGCGUGUCUUGUUCAGAACCCAGUGACAACCUGGAGAAGAAGCCCAGGAGGACUAAAGCCGAAGGCAACCUUCCUGCAGUGGUGAUAGAGAUUAAAAACGUGCCAAAAAAGCAGCCCGAAUCAUCUUUGUGAGUCCUGAAAAAGAUGUGAUAUUUGACUUUUGCUUUUAAACAGCAAGAGAAAAUAGACUCCAUUGAAAUACUAAGUUUGCCAAGCAGUGUAAUUGACGUCCUUGUCUGUCGCACAGUUAAUUCUAUUUUUGUGAGAACGUAACAGGACUGCGUAGCAGUUCUGCGUUACAGACAGGAUUAUUGGUGUGUAGUGCAGCUAUGCUGUAAGCGUUUUGAAAGCCAGUUUUAACACUAUGUUACAUUUUUGUUUAAAGUAAGUACCUUAUACGACAUAAUGACAUUUGAUUCCUGGUUUUCCCAUGAUAAAAAUUAGGGGGUAAAUAAAAUUGUUACUGGAAUUUCUCUGCUUUUCUCCCCCCACCAGUUCUAUAGUAUUUGUUAGAAUUAUAAUUGCUAGGCCUUUAAAGUCACCAAGUUUGCUUCCUUUGAUGUUUUAGGGAGUUAGCUGCCCUUUGAGAUCAUAAACGGAGCAUAAUGGCAGCAUGUCUUCAGCGUGGCUCCUGACUGUUCAGCGGAAGUGACAUUAGUUUACUGUCCUGGAGUCUGCUGCCCAGCACUAGCCUAGUACGCUGUGAGGUGGUUCCCAAGAUGAAUUACAGUUUACACAGGGUAGAGCUUGCGGGGUAAGACAGGCAGGAAGACAGCAAAGAUGAUAUGGUAGCACCGAGGUCACAGCUCUUUGGCCUGCACACGGUUGCCAGCGUUGCCAGCUUUCAAAGGCUGGUGUUAGCAAUACUGAGCUAAAUUAAGGUUCUAAAUGCAGGAAUAUUUUUGAAAAUGCAGACUUAGUCUUGGCUUGUUAAGUGCAAACUAAUCUUAAAUUGUGUCUGAACUUUGACAGUGACCAGUCAGAGGGCUUGAACACCCUUGCACACAGCCACCGUUUGUUUGCUUUGUCAAGAGCCAGUGACUUGAAAGAAAGGAAUCGGAUAGCUCAUUCAAUUUGGAUAUUAUUUUAGAAAGCAAAAUGAACAAGAAAGAAGUCAUGUUAGGUGUUUAAGCCAUCCUGUCUUAACGUGCUCAGUUUUUCCUGUGCUUACUUUGCAAGAUACCGCACUUUGCACCCAGGAAGUCACCCAUGGCCUUUCCAUUGCCACAGAUUUCAAAUCCAGCCCAAACAUUGGAAGAUUUUUAAGUUUUAUUUUCCUUGUAAAGGUUAAUGCUUGGUGUAGGAAAUGUAGAUUUUUUGUCUUCAAAAGAGUGAUUAAUUCUUCUCAGUUAUGUAUAGCUCUAUUUUUCUAGGGACAAAGUACUCUGACUACUUCAAUAACUUUUAUAGCUGACUACUUUUGGGAACCAUAACUUGGGAUUUGAAAUAACUCAUUGCUUAAUAAUCUGAAAAUAGAAGUAUUCUAGGCCAACAGUUCCUUUUGAAGGGGUGGUCCCUGGUGUGGUGAGCCCGUUGCUGGCAGUGGGCCUGCUUAGAGCAGCGGGACCUUGUGAUGAGAUUGAACUCUGGGGACACAGUUUGUGAGUUCACACUUACUCCGCUGGGCCAGCCUCACCCUGCACAGUACUUCACUGGCGUGUGCUCACCUUGGUGGGUGAUUGCUUUGAAUUUUGCAAAAGCUUGCUUUUCUGUUUUCUUUAAACAUGACAGAUCUGAGCGAGCUACGGCUGUCUCAGUGACACCGUGCGGAAGGUUUCGGUGGCUUUCGCCGUGGCACAGCGAGGUCAGAGUGUGGCACCCAGUGCUGUCCUUCAGGACGCUCUAAGGGGGUCCGUGUCCACGGUGCCCGGGGAACUGGAAUGCGAGCUGUGUGGCUCCGUUUCUCAGAAGUACUUUAGGGUGGUGGUGGCCUUAGGUUAAGUGGUACCAUAGGCUUUUUUCAAAGGCGUUUGUCACAGCAGCGCUCAUGGCGCCAGCUCACCUGGGAGGUUUAGAGAAGUAUUUAUUUCUUUACAAUGCACUUUCUAACCCAUUUUAGCUAUAGUAGCAUUAUCUUUAAGAAAAAAACAUGUUUUUAUAUUUAAAUGUUGUGGGACUUGAGUGUCUUUUCCAAAAAUAGCUUAUUUCUUGAAAGAAAAGAAAGCGAGGAGCCACCUUGAUCUCUUCAGGACUAGGACUCUUCACUGCAUCAGCUCUAGGGGUGAGGCUUCUCUGCUGUCCGAUUUGAGCAGGUCAGUGUGGACCUGGCUGAUCAGAGCCAAGUGAGGUGCUCCCAAACUACACUCAACCAGGAACCCUUCCAAGCCGCGCGAGCCUUGGAACAUGGAACAACGGACUAGGCGCUUUUAACUGUAGAAGAAAUUCUUUUCUGGAGGGUAGCUACAUUGUAGAAGUCAGGCCAGAACAUGAGAAACAAGCUUCAAACUCUCUACUUCACAUUCAGAACACGUUGAAUAACUUUAUCCUAAGAUGUGCAGUUUGAACAGGAAGGGUUUCCAUCAGGUUCACUUUGGAGGGUCUUGGGAGGCUGUUUUUGUGUGUAUGCCGUGUCACCGUUCUGGUAUUUUGAGUUUCUGACAGUUUUGAGGGAAAAGAAAACUUAUGUCAAGUAUCUGGUAGGUGAACUGGCUCUGAAUGUUUUACAGGCAGAUCUUAUUUGACACUAAAUGUCCUCAGCCUGCUGUCUGAAGGUAGUCAUAGCAAAGGAGGGAUUCUACAGUAGAAAAUAUUUAUUUGGAUACUGCGUUUCAGCUAAGUGAUGACAGUGUUAAGAGGUCUGGGGAAGGUGGAAGGGUUUGUUGCCGCCUUUGUAAUUAACUGUCCUGGGCUUUGCAUAUAUACACAUGUCUGUAUGUAUGGUGGUCCUGUUUGGCUUUACUGACAAGCCCUGGGAGAUUUAGCAGUCAUCUUCACUGGCACGAGAGCCUUUUGUAUAUUAAUCAAUUUAAACUUUCAAACCAAAAAUAUUAAGGUUCGGUAUCUGGCAGACAGAUGCUGAGGCAAAUGUAACAUGGAGUUAAUAUGCGGGUCUGCCUUGAGACGGCGCAGUGGAGCGUCGUGUGCCUGGUUCUUCGCCAUGUUCUUGUGCUGGUUUUGUCUGCUGCCUGUCCUCUGGGCCAUCCGUGCGGUUGGCGCUCUCAUCCUGUUGACCGCGGAGCAGACAGAGCUCAGGUGCGGCAGCGGCUCCCAGCCUCUAUGUAUUCUGUGAGUGUAGUAUUUCCAAAGCUGUUCCUACCUCAUCAUGAGGCUUUAUGGAUUGUUAUGUAUUAUAGAUGUUCUAUAUGAGACAAGACUACUGUGUUCCUUCUCGUUUAUUAAAAGUUAAGUAGAAAAAUAAACUAAGUUUAAUAUCUA